UGUUGAUCACCUCUCUCACUUCUGGAAACAAGUUCUUAUGGGUUAUCUAUUAAGUAGAAGAAUCAUUUAUUUUCAGAAGAUUCAUAGCACUUAAGGAACACUUCCUCCCUGGGCAAUUCCCUAUAGGUGAUGAAAAAUAAUGUCAUAAAUAAUAACCAGGAAAAUUCUGCUCAUUGGUUCCAAAUUUGGGAACCAGUGUAUAAAAGGUCCAGAUAUUAGAAGGGGUCAUCAGAUUCUUGGAAACUCACCUCUGAACAGGAGCCCACCCUCCAUCCCUGACACCAUGACCCACUGCUGUUCCUCUUGCUGCCAGCCUACGUGCUGCAGGACCACCUGCUGCAGGACCACCUGCUGGAAGCCCACCUGUGUGACCACCUGCAGCAGCACACCCUGCUGCCAGCCCUCCUGCUGUGUGUCCAGCUGCUGCCAGCCUUGCUGCCGCCCAACUUGCUGUCAAAACACCUGCUGCCAGCCCACCUGUGUGACCAGCUGCUGCCAGCCCUCCUGCUGUGUGACCAGCUGCUGCCAGCCCUCCUGCUGUGUGUCCAGCUGCUGCCAGCCUUGCUGCCGCCCAACUUGCUGUCAAAACACCUGCUGCCAGCCCACCUGUGUGACCAGCUGCUGCCAGCCUUGCUGCCGCCCAACUUGCUGUCAAAACACCUGCUGCCAGCCCACCUGUGUGACCAGCUGCUGCCAGCCCUCCUGCUGUGGGCCCAGCUACUGUGGCCAAACCAGCUGUGGGUCCAGCUGCUGUCAGCCUAUUUGUGGAUCCAGUUGCUGUCAGCCUUGCUGCCACCCGACUUGCUAUCAAACUACCUGCUGCAGGAACACCUCUUGCCAGCCCACCUGCUGUGGGUCCAGCUGCUACCAGCCUACCUGUGGGUCCAGCUGCUGCCAAUCUUGCUGCCGCCCAACUUGCUGUCAAACCACCUGCUGCAGGACCACCUGCUGUCAGCCCACCUGUGGGUCGAGCUGCUACCAGCCUUGCUGCCGCCCAGCAUGCUGUCAAACCACUUGUAGAACCACCUGCUGCCAGCCCACCUGCUGCCAACCAUCCUGUGUGACCAGCUGCUUCAGCACACCCUGUUGUCAGCCAACCUGCGGUGGGUCCAGCUGCUGUAGCCAAACUUGCAACGAGUCCAGCUGUUGUCUGCCUUGCUGCCGUCCCACCUGCUGCCAGACCACCUGCUGCCGUCCCACCUGCUGCCAGACCACCUGCUGCAGGACCACCUGUUGUCGCCCCAGCUGUUGCUGCAGUCCUUGCUGUGUCUCCAGCUGCUGCCAGCCUUCCUGCUGCUGAUCCACUUGCUGCAGACCCACCACCCACCAGAGACAUAUUUCCUGAAACAUUCUGUCAAAAUUCCUAUGCCCCCAAGAAACAUUCCCUAAGCUUUUCUGAGAAACAACAUUCUGACAUUGAACUUUGUGAUCAUCUUCUUCCUACCAUGCUUGGGAUUCUACUGAAGGUAUGCAGUCUGCUUCACUUUUAUUCUUCUUCAUUUCCUCUGGAUUAAUGUGCCAGAUGGUGGUCAGUCAGCUCCACCUAAUUGACAUGGACACAUGGUCUCAGUCACAGGAAGUGGUCAUCAGCUUUUGCCCCUGUGGAACUUAAAAAAAAUUCUUAAGACUACACAUCUAACUCUCUAUAAUGAUCAAUACUGAUCACCUUUUUAGAUAUGUGCAUUUUAUUUAGUAGCCUCUGCCAGAUUACUAAACUCUUUCAUGAUCACUUUUAAUUGUCUCCCUACCUGGUCUUUCCUAAUAAAAUUUAUAUUA